AUCGCGUUUUGAUCAUAAAAACAUGGUGGAACUAGUAUUGCUAAUACAAAGUACUUGAUAGCUAAAUGUGCAUAAAAUUUUUUUUUGUGGCUAAGGUGUGGAAAUUGGUAAAUUUUCAUUCGGAAAGUUCGCUAAUGACCCGUGGCAUGUCGCUUCUCUAAACUGGAAUGAUGCGUUCUACUUUAAUAUAUAACAUUGAGCACAUAGUCAUAAUUUUUUUGGAGAACCUCAUUUCCUGUAAGAAUGGGAUUUGUAAAUUUCGAAGAAGAACACCUAUGCCACUGCUUGAACGCAUGGUCGCAUGCAAAGUGAGCAAUUUUCAAAGUUCUUCUUUGUGCUUUUAUAUCAUGAUGGAAGCGCAUAGGAUUCUUUUAGCUGGUGACAAAUGUACAGUCAGAGAACUUUUUUACAAAGAUCCUGCGAAAUGUUGCAAACCUGUCAGUAUUUAUAAUAGUUUAAAAGAUGUCUGUACACUUUUAAGAACAACUCCAUGGAAUUUGGGAAUUUGCGCUUCUGGAAAAGGAUUAAUAGCAGGUGCGAUCCGCUUACAUAUGAUAAAUGGUGACGUGAUCGACUGCUAUACUCAUGGCGGUGCUGUUGUACUUCCACAAGAUCAGAAUUCCAUCGAUCGCUUGGAAACAACAGCCUCAUUUGUAUUACUUGUAGAAAAAAAUACCGUAUUUUCAAAACUCUUAUCACAAAACCUUUUCGGAGUUAUUGGUGUAGAUGUGAUAUUAGUCACCGGUAAAGGAUAUCCAGACUUAUGUACGCGCUACAUCCUAAAUCGUCUUUCUACCGAGCACAAUAUUCCAGUCUAUGCACUUUUCGAUGCUGAUCCAUUUGGUAUUGAUAUUUUAUUGGUCUAUCAAUUUGGAUCCAAAAAAAUGACACCAGAUAUAUCAAAGAAUUUAAUAUGUCCAGGUAUGCGCUGGUUAGGCAUACAUCCAAGCGAGCUUAAUAUGUUUAACUUUUCAAGCGCGGCGCUAAGCGAUAAAGAUAAUAAUAAACUUGAAAAAAUGUUGGCAUACAACUAUUUAAUACCCAGUUUGCACGCAGAAUUGCAAAUUUUACAGAUAUUACAACGGAAAGCUCAUAUCGACGACUUAAAUGAUAUUUCACAAAAUUUUCUUAUAAACGACUACAUUCCAAAUAAGAUAAAAAGAAAUCUUGUUAUUUAAGCAGAGAAGUAUUUUUUAAAAGAAAACUCAAACAUUCAGAUACAACGUUAAAUUGAAAUGAAUUCAUUUUUAAGUUGAAUAAAUACAUGUACGUAAUAUGUU